AUAAAUUAGCUUAAACUUCCAUUAAUAGAGACUUGGCUCAAAACCCAUUUUGAAUUACUUAGGUUAAAGAGCAACCAUUUGGUGUCGGAGACUCUGAUUUUUACAACGAGAGCCCACAGAUACUGUAGAUGGUGAAGAACAUGUUGUUCAAUUGGAAGUCAUGGUGGUGGUCUCUUCACAAGCACAACUACUUGCUAGUGAAAUUGGGUGUUUCGAUUCUUCUUCUGGGUUUUGCUUUUAGACUUCUCUUCUCUCAAUCCACUGGGUUUUCGGAGGUUUCAGAAACCCCAUUUCUUGAGAAAACUGAGAACCCAGUAGCUCCAGUUUCUGAUGGUUUCGGGGAAAAUACAGAUCAGAUUCCUGACAAAGAAGAGUGUGAUCUUUUUACCGGAGAUUGGAUCCCAAACCCUGCUGGUCCUCGUUACAGCAAUGAUAGCUGCAAAUUUAUUGAAAGUCAUCAGAAUUGUAUGAAGAAUGGGCGGCCAGAUACACGGUAUCUUUACUGGAGGUGGAAGCCACAAGAUUGCGGGCUGCCUCAACUCGAUCCAGAAAGAUUUCUUGAGAUGAUGAGGAAUAAAACAUGGGCGUUGAUUGGGGAUUCAAUAUCUAGAAACCAUGUCCAGUCAUUGCUUUGCAUCCUCUCAAAGGUGGAAGAAGCUGUUGAAGUUUACCAUGAUGAGGAGUACAGAUCCAGAAGAUGGAACUUCCCAUCGUACAACUUCACUGUUUCUGUAAUUUGGUCCCCUUUCCUUGCUAAAGCUGCCAUUUUUGAAGACUACAAUGGUGUUUCAACUCAUGAGAUUGAGCUGCAAAUUGACAAACUUGAUACGAAUUGGACAAAACUAUACCAGGGCUUGGAUUACAUAGUUUUUUCAAGUGGCAAAUGGUUUUUUAAAAGUGCAAUUUACUAUGAGAACAACAAAAUAUUGGGCUGCCAUUACUGUCCUGGAAAGAACCUGACGGAGCUCGGGUUCAAUUUUGCUUAUCGCAAAGUCCUCAAGAAUGUUUUCAACUUCAUUGUCUCAUCCAAUCAUAAGGGGAUGAUCUUUUAUCGAACCUCCACGCCAGAUCACUUCGAGAAUGGGGAAUGGUUUAAUGGUGGGACCUGUACAAGAGCAGAACCAGUAAAGGAAGGUGAGUUCGAGUUAACUGAGUUGGUCAAAAUUCUUCGUGACAUCGAAUUAAAGGAAUUUGAGAAGGCUGCAGCUAAAGCCUCUGAAGCAGGGGUGAAGCUUAAACUUUUUGAUGUAACCCCACUUUCAUUGCUGAGGCCUGAUGGACACCCAGGUCCGUAUCGACACUUCUACCCAUUUUCCAAGGAUAAUAAGAAUGCAAAACUUAUCAAUGACUGCCUGCAUUGGUGCUUGCCUGGGCCAAUUGAUUCAUGGAAUGAUUUGCUUACGAAAAUGAUAGUAAAUGGUUGAGACGAUCAGCGUAUCAAAUCCGGAUAUUGUUUGCUUAGGAGAAUGGUGGACGAAUGCUGGAUCUCCACCCUGUGAAUACUAUACAAUUCAAGGCAUUACCUUUGUGGUUCUUUGUCCGACGAGUUCAUCAGUAUCGGCAUUUGUAAGUCUUGAAUACAAUUCUUAUCAUCAGUUAGAAAAAAGUUUUGAAAUCUUCCUUCCCAUAUAUUUGACAUUGAAUCAAGUCACUCUGUUCAAUGAUUAUGUUUUACUUGAAUCUAGUUCUGAAUGCUUUAUGAUUGUGGC